AUUCAUUGUGCGCACCCAUCUACUGGCACGGUGGCGCAGCGCCCAAUUCCUUCCCCUUCCCCUUUCUGAGCACGUUGCCUGCCGGUAGCCGCUGAGCUCUUUGCUGGUUGGGGACAUCUGUGUGUGUGUGUGCCGCCGCCAUGACUAAGGAGGAGGCCAAAGGCGCGGGCAGCGAGGAGCAGGCCCAGUCCAAGAAAGCUCUCAAGAAACAACAGAAGGAAGCCGAAAAAGCCGCUAAGAAAGCUGAGAAACAGGCCAAAUUGGCAUCCGAACAACAAGCAGAAGAGGAAGAGGACUUUGCUAAAGAGAGAUAUGGCGUCCCUUCAAUGAUCCAGUCUCAAGAAAAGCCAGAUCGGGUGCUAGUGCGGGUAAAGGAUCUCACUGUACAGAAAGCUGAUGAAACCGUCUGGGUCCGUGCCAGGGUCCACACCAGCAGGGCAAAAGGAAAGCAAUGCUUCUUGGUCCUGCGUCAGCAGCAGUUCAACGUGCAAGCUCUGGUAGCGGUCGGGGAGCGCGCGAGCAAGCAGAUGGUGAAGUUCGCUGCCAACAUCACAAAGGAGAGCAUUGUGGACGUGGAAGGAGUGGUGCGCAAGGUGGAUCAGAAGAUCGAGAGCUGCACCCAGCAAGAUGUGGAGCUUCACAUUGAGAGAAUCUAUGUGAUCAGUGCGGCUGAGCCUCGCCUGCCCCUCCAGCUGGAAGAUGCUGUGCGUCCCGAGACGGAAGGAGAUGAGGAAGGAAGAGCGACUGUGAACCAGGAUACCAGGCUGGACAAUAGAGUCAUUGAUUUAAGGACUUCCACCAGCCAGGCCGUGUUUGGACUCCAGUCGGGGGUCUGUCAGCUCUUCCGAGAGACCCUCACUCAGAAAGGCUUUGUGGAGAUCCAGACCCCAAAAAUCAUCUCUGCUGCCAGUGAGGGAGGUGCCAAUGUGUUCACCGUUUCCUACUUUAAAACCAGCGCCUACCUGGCACAGUCCCCGCAGCUGUACAAGCAGAUGUGCAUCUGUGCUGACUUUGAGAAAGUCUUCUGCAUUGGGCCAGUGUUCCGUGCAGAAGACUCAAACACCCACCGGCAUCUGACGGAGUUUGUGGGUCUGGAUAUAGAAAUGGCCUUUAACUACCACUACCAUGAGGUUGUAGAUGAGAUUGCAGACACCCUGGUGCAGAUAUUCAAAGGCCUGCAGGAGAGGUUCCAGACGGAGAUUCAGACAGUCUGCAAACAGUUCCCUAGCGAGCCAUUCAAAUUCCUCGAGCCGACCCUGCGCCUGGAGUACACCGAGGGAGUUGCCAUGCUGCGGGAAGCUGGAGUGGAGAUGGGAGAUGAGGAAGAUCUCAGCACCCCGAAUGAGAAGCUCCUGGGGCGCCUGGUGAAAGAGAAGUACGACACUGACUUCUACAUCCUGGAUAAAUACCCACUGGCUGUGCGACCCUUCUACACCAUGCCCGAUCCGCAGGACCCUAAAUACUCCAACUCCUACGAUAUGUUCAUGAGAGGGGAGGAGAUCUUGUCUGGAGCCCAGAGAGUCCAUGAUCCCCAGCUGCUCACCGAGAGGGCCACACACCAUGCCAUUGACUUGGAGAAAAUCAAGGCCUACAUCGACUCCUUCCGCUUCGGGGCCCCUCCCCACGCCGGCGGUGGCAUAGGUCUGGAGCGUGUCACCAUGCUGUACUUAGGGCUGCACAACGUCCGUCAGACCUCCAUGUUCCCACGUGACCCCAAGCGACUGACCCCCUGAGAAACCUACGGGGCCCAAUAGGAGUCAGAGGCUACCGGCCAGAAACAGAAAUAUGCUGCACUCUCCGUUGCCUUACAGUGCCAUGUGACUAAGGACGCUCUGUUGUCCCCUAACAUCCCCCCUAGCAACACAGAUUAACAUGUUUCCACAAUCAAAUUGAUUAAUGUCUUUUUUAUAAGCGGCAUUUAAUAGGUUAACUUUAUAAUCACUGUUCUACAGCUCGGCUGCUAAUUAAUAAUAACACUGUGAUUGACUAAUGGGAGCAUAGACUGCCGGGGAGUGCGUCUUAGUUGUAUUAAUGCACUGAAUAAAGGUUAGUCUUCUACCGUGCA